CGGUCUCAUCUUUUCCAACAAUGCGAAAAAUAGAUGUUGGAUGAUAACAGUCAACGUCGUUUCAAUUAUCAUGGUGGUGAUCUCGGUUGUAUGGUUAAUUGGAAGCCUAUUUUUUGUUGGAAUAUUCGUCGCCCUCAAAGUGGAGUGCAAUGCAUGCGGUCCAGAUGACUACUGCGAAAACUGUGGCAUUUCUUUUGAGUAUGUUAUCCCCAGCGGAGUGUUUAUGGUUCUAUUCUCAGCCAUUACUCUUGCGACGUCAAUCGUGUUGAUUGUUUCAUCCUGUACUUGCCGCAGAUCAAAUAUGGAUUCUGCCCCAAUAUAAUGCUAUUGUUGGGUCGUUGCUUAUUCUGCUGAACCAAAAAUAUUAAUAUGCAUUAAACAUCAACGUGGACGUACAUUAAUGCACCUAUUUUGUAUUCAUUUUUAUUGAAUGCAUUGUAGUUUUAGAUAGUUAACAUUUAGAAUUAUCAAUCAACCAAGUUUUUUUACUUUUGUAAAAUAUUUAAUUUAAAUUUGUGAUUUCAAAUUUACCCAUCUAUGAAACAAUCAAACGUAAGAAGAGGCCUACAAAAUCAAAUACAUUAAGGCCCAUUGAAUGUAUCGGUAGUUUUAUACAUGCAAUAGGCCUAUUUCAAUUUUCUUAUUUCAUUAGGCCUAUACUUUUGUAAAAUAUUUAAUAAAACUGUAGUUUGUACUGAAAGAA